UUAUAAAAAAUAGCCUUACGCAAACCAUAGCUAUGGUGUACGUUAGAGUUGUUUUCUUGGCUUUGUUAGCAACCCUAUGGGAGGUAUCAGAAUGCAGAUACGUACUCCGCCGCGUCACGCCCUGCGAUCUGCAGCCGUACGUCGUAUCUCACGUUGCCUACUCCUCAAGAUACGAGCGCGCACUGGAGAACAUCGUCUCUAAACUGAUACAGGCUUUAGUGGUCACCAAUGUUGAGAGUGAGAGCGGAGGGUCUGGAGGUGCUAGCGGCGGCGGUGGGGGAAGCGGAUCUGGUGGGACCGGUGGUGGUAGCGAAGGAAAUGAUGGAUCUGGCUCUCCUUUAGAAUCGCUAUUAGGCGUCAAAGUAGAUGCGAUCGGACGGUCGCUGCUUGACUUGGAUGUGCUGCCUGACAGCAUUGCCGGAUAAUGUAAUGCAUGUCUAGAAGUCAUAACUUCCGCGUUUGACAGAUUUGUAGUAUAAGCUUGUUUGUGUAACGUCCACUUUUAUGAAUCUAAUAAAUAACUACUGCUGA